AUGCCCCCUCCUCCCGGCAGAUACGGGCCUCAGGGCCUAAGUGCUCCCUAUACCUUACAACAAGCUCACCUUCAAUCCCAACACCCUGCUCACGCACAGUCCGCCAAUACCGCUCUACCUCCCCCUUCGCUCGGUGGCCACCCUGGGUUCGCGGGGAACCCCAACACGAACAUGAACCCUUUCACAUUGUCUAGUGCCGGCGUAACAAAUGGCAUGUCAGUCGCUGGGUUUGCUAGUGCUGGCGCUGAUGGUGGUGGCACCGGACUAGCUAGCCAUGCCGCACAAAUGGGAUUCGCGCGAGGAGCACAGAUGCAACAGCAGCAACUACAUCAGGGCCAUGACGGACGGUUAGCACUGGAAUCCAAGGCUGGUGCUGUCAAGUCACGGAUACGGGAUGUAUGGAAGCAUAACUUGGCCCAUGAGAUGGCUGUUCUAAGACAGUUGGUGGACAAAUAUCCAUAUAUCAGCAUGGAUACUGAAUUUCCUGGAAUCGUCGCCCGCCCGAUUGGAUCAUUCACAAACAAAGCCGACUACCACUACCAGACUCUCCGAUGCAACGUGGACCUCUUGAAGAUGAUCCAGCUCGGAAUUACUCUGUUCAACGAAGAUGGGGAGGUCCCUCCUGCCACAGCCACCGAUGCCAAUGGACAACCAUAUGGAAAUGCGAUGGUGCCCGCUCCAUGUACCUGGCAGUUCAACUUCCGGUUCUCGUUGGAAGGAGACAUGUAUGCCCAGGACUCGACAACUAUGCUUGCUAAAUCGGGAAUCGACUUCAAUAUGCAUGAGAAAAAUGGCAUUGAUCCCUUCGAAUUUGGCUCAUUGCUGAUCAGCUCUGGUCUCGUCCUACUGGACGACGUCCACUGGGUCUCCUUCCACUCCGGCUAUGAUUUUGGAUACUUGAUGAAGAUAAUGCUCUGCUCUCCCUUGCCCGAGAACGAAGAGGAGUUUCACAAACUCCUCAACAUCUUUUUCCCCUCGCUUUAUGAUAUUAAGUACCUCAUGAAGCACGCGGGACGCAAUCAAGCCGUAAACGAUUCCCCUCUCACCCCCGCCGCCGCACAAAUCCUGGCAAACCUGGGUCAGAAGUCUGGUUUGCAGGAUAUCGCCGACGAACUCGGUGUUAAGCGCGUCGGCAUCGCCCACCAAGCCGGGUCAGAUUCUCUGGUCACGGGCGAAAUCUACUGGAAAAUGCGCCAGCUGGUUUUCAAUGGGAAGAUUGACGAGAGCAAAUAUUCGGGACAGAUCUGGGGCUUGAACGGCCAAAUGCCGGCAUUAAGUUACCAGAUGGCCCAGCAGACUCCAAACCUGAAUGGCGCCACGAUCUAUUCCGCAGCUGGGACCCCGAGUACGCCCAACACCGGCCAUGUUGGGACCGGCGCUCACACCCCUCAACAUCACGGCUCUGGUUACCCGACCCCUGGCGCGUACCAGACGAGUAAGUCCUAA